GCCCUGCCUGGUUCAGGAGGCUGCUCCAGCGCUGAGCGGAGCAGAGGUUUCCCCGGAUCCCGUAAAUACAGGCACACGCACCCAGUGCACCACACGCAUGCACAUGCAUACACACACAGACAGACACGCACGCACAGAGCCGCUGUCCAGUCCAUCCCCACGCCGGCUGCUUUCUCCACCACCUCCAGACUCGCAGAGGCGGUAGGCGCAGAUCCGCGGCAGAUCGCGCCGCCGCUGACCCGGGACUCCGCUCGCAGCAACGCGCCCGCUGUGUCAAUCUCCACCACCUAUAGCAAGAUUCCCCACCACCACAUUUUUUUUCUUUUCCUUUUUUUUUUUCCUUUCUUUUUUUUUUGGUGGGGGGCGAGACCCUUUUGCAUUUGGACCAGCAGCCGGAGGGACGAAGCCGCCUCUUUCCUUCCACUGCGCACUGUGCGCGCAUGAGUGUGUCUCCGCGCCCACCUUCCCCCCGCCUCCCAAAAGUUUGCCUCGGCGGCCGGGGGGCUCCCGGGCCGCCGCCCCCUCAGCCGGGGGGCGCGGCGGCAGCGCGGUGGCUUCGCGGCGACGGCGCGGGACUUGCGCGCUGCGCGGUACUUGCGCGCCGCGCCAUGCCGGCGGCGCGGGGGGCUGCGCGCUGCGCCCUGGCGGGGCUGCUCCUGCUCCUGCUGCUGCUGCUGCUGCUGCUGCCGCCCGCGGCCGCGGGGGCCGACGGCAAAGCGCGGAGCUGCGGCGAGGUGCGGCAGGCGUACAGCGCCAAGGGCUUCAGCCUGGCCAGCGUGCCCUACCAGGAGAUCGCAGGGGAACAUUUGAGAAUCUGCCCUCAGGAAUAUACAUGCUGCACAUCAGAAAUGGAGGACAAGUUAAGCCAGCAGAGCAAACUGGAGUUUGAAAACUUGGUGGAGGAGACAAGUCACUUUGUACGCACCACUUUUGUGUCCCGGCACAAGAAGUUUGAUGAAUUUUUCCGAGAACUUCUCGAGAAUGCAGAAAGAUCCUUAAAUGACAUGUUUGUCCGGACAUAUGGCACGCUGUACAUGCAGAACUCGGAGGUUUUCCAGGAUCUCUUCACAGAGCUGAAGCGGUAUUACACGGGAGGCAAUGUGAACUUGGAGGAAAUGCUGAAUGACUUCUGGGCUCGGCUGCUGGAGCGGAUGUUCCAGCUUAUCAACCCCCAGUAUCAUUUCACUGAGGACUACUUGGAGUGUGUAAGCAAGUAUACAGACCAGCUGAAACCAUUUGGAGAUGUACCCCGGAAGCUGAAGGUUCAAGUGACUAGAGCGUUCAUUGCUGCACGGACCUUUGUUCAGGGGCUGACAGUAGGCAGAGAGGUUGCAAACAGAGUAUCCAAGGUCAGUCCCACCCCAGGGUGCAUCCGGGCGUUAAUGAAGAUGUUGUACUGCCCUUACUGCAGAGGACUUCCCACUGUGAAACCUUGCAACAACUAUUGCCUCAAUGUAAUGAAGGGCUGCCUAGCAAAUCAGGCUGAUUUGGAUACUGAGUGGAAUCUGUUCAUAGAUGCUAUGCUUCUGGUAGCGGAGAGAUUAGAGGGACCAUUCAACAUUGAAUCAGUCAUGGAUCCUAUUGAUGUCAAGAUUUCUGAAGCCAUCAUGAACAUGCAAGAAAACAGCAUGCAGGUGUCGGCAAAGGUUUUCCAAGGAUGUGGCCAGCCUAAACCAGCACCUGCCCUAAGAUCUUCCCGUUCUGUCCCUGAAAACUUCAAUACCCGGUUUAGACCAUAUAACCCAGAGGAGCGACCUACAACUGCUGCUGGCACAAGUUUGGAUAGGCUGAGGACUAUCUGGAGGACAAUGCAACAUGGUGUAACAGACAUUAAAGAAAAACUAAAGGUCUCUAAAAAGUUCUGGUCAACAUUCCCCUACACAAUCUGCAAGGAUGAACGAGUGACAGCCGGUUCGUUAAAUGAGGAGGACUGCUGGAAUGGCCAUACCAAGGCGAGAUACUUGCCUGAAAUUAUGAAUGAUGGCUUGACCAACCAAAUCAACAAUCCAGAAGUAGAUGUGGACAUCACAAGGCCAGACACCUUCAUUCGACAACAAAUCAUGGCUUUACGUGUCAUGACUAACAAACUGAAGAACGCGUAUAAUGGAAAUGACGUCAACUUCCAGGAUACAAGUGAUGAGACAAGUGGCUCCGGCAGCGGAAGCGGCUGUACAGACGACAUCUGUCCCACUGAGUUCGAUUUCAUCACAACCGAAGCACCGCCUGUUGACUCUGACAGGAGGGAGGUGGAGGCUUCAGCCACGCUGCCUGGCUGGUCGGUGCAGAUGUUGCUCAUCGUCUUCAUCAGCCUCAUACUGCAGAGACAAUGGAGAUAAUCCUGGAUCUGGUCAGAAAAACUGUGUUUUAGCUACAGAAACAGCAAACUUCCUUCUUUUCUUACACUCUUGAACGAUGGACCAUGCCACAAACACUUGCAGUUUUCUAUGAGAAGAGAGCAGUACUGCAACCUGCUUCCCUUUUUGUUUUCCCAAAGAGUACCAGGUGCCAGACUGAACUGCUUCCUGUUUUUUGCAGAUAUCUCUGAAGACAAUAUCCACUCUUGAGAGAAUUCUUUCUCAGAUCUUUAUUACAGGAGACUUUUUGAGCUUCAUUUCCUUUUAUGCUGCAGAAGUAAAAGGAUCUUACAGUGAUUUUUUUUUCCCUAAUGAGAAAAAAAAAAAAAAAUGUGGGGGGGAAACCAAGAAAACAGUUUUCUUUCUGAAUUGGGCCUAACUCAAGUCUGCUGCAUUUCAACUGAAAAUCAAAACAACAAUACAAAACAAAAGACAAGAAAAAAAAAAUGCAACUGUUCUUCACUGACAGCCAGGUUUCUUAAGGAACUUCUGUGGGAUGAUUCACAUCAUCAGAGUGAUCAUUGCUAUAGGGAGGCAGUCUGGAUUUUUUUCCAACACAAAAGUUUGUCUCAACGGUGAAUGUCUUGCACUCCAUCUGCCAACCACAUCAGAUUGGUAUGAAAGUAUAGAAAGUUGAAAUAUAAGUUUAUCUUUUAGUAUGACAGUAACUCCACUAGCUUCAGAAUAUCAUGUUACAAUUUCUUAGGGUUUAAAUCUUAACACAGAUUAAAAAAAAAAAAAAAAAAAAAAAAAAAAGUAGUAGCACGAUUUUGCUUAGCUUCUUUUAGUAUUUAUCCAUGUUAUACAAUUGGCACAGAUUUCCACAUAGCUCACCAUCAGCAAUGGUGUAAUGCUAAACAACUUUCUUGAUAAAUCUCCCCUCAAGGGUUUGGACAGAAAAUAAUCUCUUGUGAUAAAAUCUCCUUCCUUUUGUCACUGUUCUGACAUCGAUUAGGACUUUCUGCUACUAUGUUUAUUAUCCUACUAAGAUGGCAAUUCUCUAAUGGACUAACAACAGCUACCGGAUCAAUAGUGUGUUUCACAUCUAACUACAUCUUUCAUAUCAGUUAAUUUCAGUAUCACAAGGAUUUCUUCUACAACUUUCAGAACAAACAAUUAUAUAGUACUGACAUGGAGAUUUCUUUCACUUUUUUAGUCUAGUAUGAUCAUCUAUUUUUAUAUAUAUAAAUAUAUAUAUAAAUCACAGAUUUUAACUUCUUAAUUACAAGCUCAGGGUUGACACUUCUUUGUAAAGAAAAAAAAAAUGUUUGGUCAACCAGAUCUUCUUUUUUUGUGCUACUCUGAAAAGCAACCCUUUAAUGACUGGUCAGCAUGAAAAUCGAAGAGAAUUUUUUACAUAUCCAGUUGUCCAUUUCUUAACAGGUUUGCAGGGUGGGGGAGAAAACCUCUCUCAUCCUUGUGUAUUUGUGUGAGCAUGGGAGUUUGUGUGAUAGACCUAGAGAAGGACACGGAUGUCAUUUUUGAAGGCAAUUUUACUCGCAGAUUCUUCAAGGAUACAUUGCUUUAAUAAUCAUUGUUUGGAUGGCUGUGGUCCUGGAUAGAGUUUCCGUGAUUUGCAUCUGGUUGUAAGACUUGAGAUGGAAGCUAUUUAAAUCCUGGACAAAUUAGUGUCAACAAUUAGACAUCAAAGACUUCCCUCCUUCAUCAGCCACAGACAAAGGGCUUCUGUGACAAUUCUGUGUGGUGCUGAAAUGAUUCACCAGAAACUCAUUUCCUGAUUCUUAUGGUGACUCUGGAAAUGGUAUAGACAAAUCAUGAAAACAUUGCAAAGUCAUCCAACCACAUAACAAUUUAACAACAGAGCAGGUAGAUCAUAUCCAUUGCAAUCUCUUUUUCUUGUCAAAUUAUAAUUAGCUAUCGAUUUAGGCACGAAAUUAAAAUAGAAAACACACAGCACAUUAGGAUAAAGGAUACUUAAGCACUUUUACCAAAAAGGUAUUUACAAACUAUCUAUACAGUAUGUCUAAAUAUAUAUAUAUAUAUUUUUCAUUUGUUUACUUUGCAGUAUAAUGAUCUAUUCUUCUUGGUCCACCCUAGUGUGCAGGAGUCACUGGCGAGAUGUUCAGACCAUGCACGUCUUACACCAGCCUUAACAGUGUUUCCUGCCACUCUGAUGGCUCACUCUAUAGAGGACCUCAUGAUUCAGCACCUAAUACCUUCAGAAAGUUAAGCAGUGUUUAAGCCAAUUCAGGCUUUUUUGUUGACCAUGGUGCAGCAGGUACUGAGCAGAGGAUCUUCUCUUUGAGUUUUGAUGCUUUGUGUUGAUUUCAUUUGUUUGCUUGUUUUGUUUUGUUUUGUUUUUCAUGAACUUGCAUAUACAUCCUCCUACAAGGAGAGUCCUGUAAAAUAAAACUCUCCUUUGGUCCAUCUCUUUCUACCUGUAUACACAUCCCUUUUGUGUUAUUCCUCCUCAGCAACACUGUUUCAGGACAAGCUGAGUUUCAUUUUUAUUGCCGUAUUGUGUAUUUAUUCCAUGGCAACUGAUACUGUUUCCAUCAGCUUAUUCUGGGCCUGGAAGUUUAUUGACAGGUAAUGAAAUCCAGCCCCUGAGGCAGCUCCUCCACUGUAGCUGCUUCACACUGGUGGACUCCAGGGGUCUUUGUGUUAGCCUUGGCCUAGGGUUAGGUGAUCUGAUGACUGUGGGUUUGAUGACCUGGUGAACCAAACUGGGUGUCCAGUGUGCCCUCAGCUAUUUGUAGACCUCCACGGAUCAUGGGCAAGGAGUAAGAGGGAUUGCUAGGAACUAGGGUUUUGCUGACAGCUGUUCUCAGAGGGGAGGUAAAUGUCCUAGCAAGAAGCUUGAAGGAGGGGCCCUGCUCUGCUUGGGCUGAAUCUUACAAACUGCUGGUAAAUAAACCAACUGAUCUCUGCUGAAAUGUGAUUGUCUCAUGGGAGUUCUGUCAAAAAUUUAUGUCUUUCAUAAUAUUCUUUUGUUUAUUUUUCUACUAUGCAUGGCUAUAUCUUGUCAGGAGAUGGAGAUCCCUUUGCAUGAAGUAUUAGGCAUACAUUUCUUUAAUAGUCCCAGAAGGUUGAAUAUUCUCUUUACAAGUUGCAUUUUUCUGAGAUUAAGAGAGCUAUUGAAUCUACAGAGCAAAUGAAAUUGGGAAGGAAGGAAAGAAAAGAAAGAACAGUCAUGUUCAUAAAUGUGAGAAUCUACAUAAUUUCCAGCACUUCUAUUUGCACCUCCUUUACAAUCAAUAACUCUUCUUUUAAGGUAAUUUUUUCAUGUGCCACAAUUCAAAUAUUUCUCUUCUGCUAACAGCUGGUAAAGGAAUAAUAUAGAAGACAAUUACCUGUUCAAUAAAAAAGGACACCAUUUCUAAGGAAAAAUCCUUUUACUGUAUAAACCCUUUAUGUUGUGCAACCUGGUUCUUGCCUUUAUAUGUUCUUUAAAGAGGAGGUUUUUAAAACUCAGAUGCAAUGAAUCACAUAGCCAGUGUUAAAGAGCCCUGUGAGGUUUUCCAUUUUAUUAUUAAUUACAUUGAUUUCGCAUUGUCCCCAGUUUUUUAGUGUUUAGUGUACUGCAGGUUUUUUCUACUGAUGACUUUGUGCACACUCCUGUAACUGCAGGGUAGACUACCUGAGGUCUGGCUACAUCUUAGGCAUUUCAGAAAAGACAGUCAGAAAUAAUUGAAAAGAGAGGAUAGAAAAUUCCCACUAAAGAGUAAGAACAGAAGAACCUGUGCCCUGGGGUUCUGUUAAGGGCUGAUCUAUCCCAGUUCCCUAAAAGCAUCACAGACCUCUGUCCACAGAAAGCUCGCAAAAUAUGAUUCUCAGCCCAAUUCUAUGUGAUUUUAGCAAGGAUCAUUACAGCUGUGCAUUCCCACAGCUGUGUGAACCUGUCUGAGCUGCUUCCAUGCAAAAUGGCUAUGAGCAAGAGCUGUUCUUGGGAGGUGGGCUGCAUGUACACCAUCUCAGCAGGCAGCAGUUGCCUUCAUUUUGCUAACUGACCCUGAAUCAUUAUCAAAUGUAACUAUACUGAUUCACCGAGAUGUUUUUUAUUACUUCAACAUGAACAAAAUAAAUUACAUCACUAAUGAGAGUUGUGUUUUUCAUUUUUAAUUCACUCCCGAAAAUAAUCCAUUAAAACUGAAUACAGGAAAUUGUAGAAUGAUUCUGAUGGAAAAAUCAGGUUUCUACAAUUUCAUUAUGGAAACAAAUACCUGGACAGACCAGAUAUUAAGAAUAAAUUCACAUUUCUCAAACCACAAAGCUAGUAUUUUUUAUAUUAACCCACAAAUUUUCAAACCUGCUAGAUGAGAAUGAAUAGAAUGAACGUGAGUAAAACAUAGCAUCGCAAAAGCCCUAAUUUCAAAGGGAAUUUGAAAGGCCAAGACUUAGCUGUGGGGUUGAGAAUAUGUUGUCAAAGUGCAAUAGAACAGCAAUGCAUACUUUCAAGAAAAUUGGGGCAGGUGAUGCACUGAAAAGGGCAAUUUUUCCAUUCCAGCUACUCAUGUGGUCUGUGAUGAUCAUAUUAACAUGUAAUUAUGACUCUUUUUUGAAAAAAAAAUAGUGAUAGAGACCAUAGUGUCAUGAUAAUAGUGUACAUGAAAGAGAAGCAGUAUGAUAUUAACCCUUUUCUCAUCCAAUAAAAAGCAUAGGAGAUCUAAUGGAGAACCAAGAACUUUAAUAUUGACUUUUAAAACAAACUUCCAGCAUCAGGCAAGAGAGAUGGUCUCAAAUUAAUUUAGUCAGACCAUUUUACAGCAGUCUAUUAUAUUUAAACUUGCUGACCAAUAUAACUAAACAAUCACUUGAGGAUUAUUUAUCAAUGUAAUAUGAAGCAUUCACCGCAAGUACUUACUAAUUUUUCUACUGAACUUACUGCAUAGUUUGCAGCUCUGAUUGUGCAUCGUAUGCAACCAUUGCAUUGCACCUGUGUGAAAUCCUAUCCCACCCCUUACUGGAGUAAAUGAGAGCUUUGUCAUUAGCUUCAGUGAAACAAGGAUUUGGACUAUAAAUAGGCAGAGUAAAGUAAAUCCCUUCUGGAAGCUGUUCAUAUUUGAACAUGAGCUGUUCAUAUUGUUUCAUAUUUUCUGACUCUCAGAAAAACAGCAACAUUGUCCAUUAAAAGGUGAUAUUAGGAUCCUCAUAUGUGUUUCCAAACUACUCCAAAGCAGUGACAGUCUUCAUGCCCAGCUUCCCCAAAGCUGAGAUUUCUGGACUUCCCAGAAGUUGAAGGUUUGUCCUUAACUUGAACCAUUAAAGCUAUUGAAUUUUAUAUAGAAAAUAGGACAGUGUUUCAAUCAGCUCUCCUUUCAACUUAUUUUUAAUUAUGUAGCAUUGAUACUUAACAACACAACGUGGUUGAAAGGCUUCUGUCUUGUGGCACACUGGAAUUUUUUUUUUUCUGCUUAUUUAUCCUCCUUUUUUCUGGCACCAGGAAAUCUGUGAGUUUUCAUGCUUUAACCACUAGGCAGCAUCCAGUGGUGUAGUUUGUUUUUCAAAUUAAGAACAGAUGCAUUACUAAAAUAAGUUGUCCUUUUUCUUUCAAAGGAUGAGGAAAGAAAGUAUCUAUUCAUCAUUAGCAAAAAAAAAAAAAAAAAAAAAAAAAAAGGAGAGAGAGAGAGAAAAAAAAAAAGAGGAACAGAAUGUCAACUAUUUAUCUUAGAUAUAGUGGAGUACCUUCUGUCAGUACCUCUGAAGACCUUUUAAUGCCAAAUUUUCAGGCAAGAAAAAUGUACUUCCUCUGAAAAAGAAAAGAAAAGUACAAUUUUAUAUAUAAAAAAAAAAAUUAUAAGGCUUUUAGUUCCAAGUGGCAGGGAAGAUGGGAAGAAAUGUACCUUCUUCAAAGUGAGAGGCUAGUCAUUUAUACAGUUAUGCUGCUCUCCCUCCUGGAUCUGCUUCUAACCCUGCCCAGGGCUCUGUUGAGCUCCUUCUCAGAUCAUCUGAGGCAAGGACCCCCCUGGGAGGGCCAUUUCUCCCUGCCAGCAGGGACUGUAUUCUUCCAAAAUGUUUAGAGGGACAACUGAGUAAGUGAGAGGAGCCAUGACUUCACAGUGACACCAGACAGGUACAUGACUGUAAGGGAUUAACAAUAAGGGGGAUGGCAAAUCACACAAGGGACCUCUAGGGUUCCUCAUUGCUAUCCAGCUCUUACCUCUGACCUACUGUCUGAAUUUUCUGUGUAAUCCAGUUAAAACCAUCCACUUGUGUACAUAGCAAAGACACAACACAACAAGUCAGUGAUGUUCUCUACUCUUCAGCAAGGUAUCUCUUUCUCUCUUUUAUCUUCAUUUCCAGGCACUUUGCCUAAUUAUCUUACACUGUGUGAGGAAGAAUUUACUACCUAAAACAGACUUCUGUGUUUUCCUAACUUUUUCUAUAAAAGUAUCAAUAUUUAGUAACACAAGUCUUUUGCAUUCUCACAAAAACAACUUGAUUCCAUUACACAUCUAGAGAGUUUUCUUCUCGAAACUAAAGAGGCCCCUUGUGUGGACUUAGGAGAAAACCCAAACUCCAGUCAUUUAACGAAGGUUUAGCAGGGAUCUCCCAAAUUCCACUAAAUACUCCAAACACCAGGUUAUAGGUGAGGUGUGGUGUUUCUCCCCUCUCUGCCUUCAAAGUAUCCUGGGCCUGAAAAAUCUUUCAAAAUUAAUAUUUCAUCAAAGCUAGUGCAUUAAAGAAAAAAAAAAAAAUCCUUUUUAGCAAACAAGUGUUUUCUGAUGAUAAACAUACAUUUCUAAGCUUUCUGUGGCUCUCCCUCCUCCUAUGUGCCACACAUCCUUGUCUGUUUUAGAGUCACCAGUGUCCCCGUGACUGUUUUCUUCUCCAGGCUGAACUCUUUUCAGUCAUUUUAUCUCUCUGGAUUUUCUAUCUCCCUUCCACAGAGCGCUAUGCCUUUGGUAACACUUCAAGCUUUUUUUUUUUUUUAAUUUUCAGGCAACAGAUGUAGCAACAAAGAGAUUUGGUCCACUUCUCAUUAUGAUUUUUUUUGUUUGUGUGUUUGUUUUCCAGGCUUUAGCAGAGCCUACCUUUACCUUUUAUUAUCCAUUCCAAACAUAUACUACCAGGAGCAUGGUCUUCACCACCUGAGAUAAAUCCUGAUAACUGUUUUUUUUCAAUCUAAUGCAGCAUUACAGUUUAUAGAUUACAUUUUGACUCAUUUGGUUGUGGUAAAAUUUUGUUUCUUCCCUGUAACUAUAGCAUGUAAUUUGUAUUUAAUUACUGUCUGCUGUGCUGAUGAGCCAGCAAAGUCAAUGGCAAGGAAUUUGUAGAUUUUCUGUGGCAAGAUUAACUGAACAGGUAAUGUUACCAGGAAACAUUUCAUAUCUGUUCUGUAACUGAUUGUUUUGAGGUUUCAUGAUGGAUUUAUUUUUUUCCUUUCAUUUUAUUUUAACAUUUACAGUUUCAUUUGAUUUACUUUCUUAUUGGCUAUGUGUAUAUUAUAUUAUAUGCAUGUAACAUAAUUAUAGAUGAACUGUUACAGUCUUUAGAUAACACAGACAAAAUUUAAGUAGUCGGUCGAUCUUUGUCUGCUUGUAUGAACUGUGGAGUGAUGAACACUCUUAAAAAUCUACCCAAAGAGAAAUUGGAGGAGUUCAGAUCUCAGCUUUAUGCUAUUGGUUGAUCUUGAGACUGCAAGAAUAUUGAAUAUUUUGCAAAUCAUUUCUGAAUAUGUGUAUGCACAUGGUGGGAAGUGGGGAAGGGGGCACUUACAUCUCCAAAAUAUUGGCUUCUUUCCAACUUUUUAAGGCUUCUUUCCAACUUUUCCCUAAUCUGAAAGCACAUUUACAAAUGAAUAGUUUGCAUUCAGAUGUUCACAGAUCUCAAACAACAUAAAAUGAUGGACAUCUACAUACAGACUCCUCCCUGGUUACUUUGCUUUGUUGGUAGGCAAUAUCAUUUAAUUUCCACUAGCAAUUUUGUUACAUUUAGUAAAUUCAAAGAAAGUGUGUUAUUGAAACAGGUCAGAUGUCUUGAUUUGGGUUUAAAUUGACAUUUAUAGUUGCCUGUUAAACUUUUACGACUCCAGAUGUAUGAACAUUGCUUGAAAGCAUGCAAAUUGUUAGCUCCAGUUUUGAUGCUGUAUUUCUAGAUUAGUAUUUAAAAUAGUUAAAUGUGAGUUGAGUUGAUGGAGGGAAUGUUUGAAAGCAAGUCAAGUUUAGAAUAAAAUUGGUUUUACACAGAAAUAGGGCUAAAUUGAGAAAAAUCUCAUUAAACGUUAAACCUGCUUUUCUACCGAUCCAAUUUUAACCAAUCCUGUUUAUAGAUCAUACCUGAGACUAAAUGAUACAGCUUCAGCUUUAGGAGAGUUCCAAACAAAACGAAUGUCAAAGAAAAAUCCCAAGUUCUCGCAUUUCCAAAUACUAUUUAUAAUGAUACAUUAUUUAGCAGCAUAUAACAGUGUGUGUGUAUAUAGCAGUGUAGCAAGGCAGAGUUUGAACUUUUAAGGAAAAGGUUCUUUAUGGCUUUAUAACUUCAGAGAAGCAAUGCACCAUGGACAGGAUCAGAAAAAUAUAUACAAUUGUUUUGAUACAUUGGUGAGAUAGAUUUCACAGAGCCCAAUAUUUUUUGUGUAAAAUGCCUUAAUUCACUUUCUGUAGGGCUAAUGCAAUUGAUUUUUUUUCUGUAUAUAGCCUUUUAUAAUAAUUACUUCGGAUGCAACACUAGACUUUUCUUUACACUACAAUCAUACACAGCCUUAUGAUUACUAAGUAUGAUACACAGACUACUAAAGCUUUGCAUUAUUAGCUGUAAAUGCACUUUCAAUCCAUUUCAAGACUUAGAGCUUGGAAGCAAGAAGAGGUGACAGUGCCAAGAGCACCAAGACCUUCCUGAUGGGCGAUGCUUAUGUCCUCUCAGGCUUUAAAUCCUUUCCCACCCACUUCUUUUUCUUUCCUGUCUUCAAGAAAACCAGCUGUGUCUUAAGGCCUAGGGUCAUCCCACCUAGCACUAGGCACUUCAGGGAGCAGAGCACUUGGCAGGGUUGUCUUUCUAGGUCUCUGCAGUUAGUCAGAAGAGAGGGGCACCUCCAUAUCUGGGUUGGAGCUUCUCUCUUUUCCCUACACAGGCAGCCUGGGUUGACAAGGUCUGUCAUUUAGGCACCUCACUUAAGUGCCUGUAGGUGGAUGCUGCUGGUGAGACUGGGGAGAUCCAGACCUCUCUCAGACUCUCCCCCGUCCUUCUCCUUCUUGGCACAAUGGUGCCUCUUCUUCAUGCCAGUGAUGGAGUGAGGAGCCUGGACAGGAAUCCCAGGUGGGGAAGUCACAGUAUAAUGACUCCUUCGUUUCUGGUCUGAACCAAUCCUGUUAUAACCAGAUGUACACCCAAUGUACAUUCACUGUGCUGAAUUCUGCCUAAUGCUGUUAUGUUUAUAAUAUUGCUUAUAAGACUUUUCAACCUGUUCCUAGCUACAAACAGGCAUUGUGGCUGCCUUCAUUAUCCAUAUAUACAAGGGGAUGGAGCUCAAACACAUCUUUCCUGAAAACCCAUAUGCCUUUCCAAGGCUGGUAAAAGCAGUGCAGGGGCUCAAGUCAUCUCAGAGAGUUAGUGAGGAGUGAGGUGCAUAUCUCUGAAGGGCUGAGACCAGAUUACUAUAGUGCCUCAAGUGCGAGAGCAGAGAUAAAAAUAUCUUUCAGGUUUAAUCAUUAAUGCACUUAUUUUUUGUCAGUCUCAACCCUUACUGCAUCAAUGAAAGGAAAGUACACAUUUUUUGAAGAGGUCAGUAGAGAAGGCAAGGUUAAUAUACACAGGAUAAUGCUGACAAACCACGAAUACACUUCUUGAAAAAUAGCUGAUUGUUAUGUGGCAGAAAAUAACUUUUUAAAAGCUGAAAAUAAUUAAGUGCAUCUUCCUCUGUAAGCCCUGCCAUCUCUUGGGACUCCAUAAAGAGGAAAUCCUUUUUCUUUCCCCAGACUACCUUUUUGGGGCUGGUACUUGAAAUGUGCCAGAAACCAAAAGUCCUAGUUGUAAGGCACCUUUUCAGUGUCUGAUUUUCUAUGUCUUCUGUUCUUCCACUUUGUUUUAAUUUUUAUAUUUCAGAGAAUGGCAUACUCACAUAUUAUAUGUGGGCGUGCAUAUUGCUCCCUAUAUACAUAUUUACUUACACAUAUACACACACUACACACAUAUAUAUAUCUAUAUAAAUGCAGCCGCAAGCCAGUAAUUUGCAAGUUCAUAUGCUAUAAAGGGACAUUGGAGGGACUCCAUUUACCAUAAUACUUGACACAGACCUAAAGAGGAGAGUACCAGGCAGGGACUUCUGCUUUCGAGAUUAUUAUAACUUGUGUUUCUAUAAAUGUCAUUGCAAUUUUCUGAAAUAACUGUAGAAAAAUGUGAGUCCACAGAUGUUAUUUGGCAACAUCUGCUGGUACUAGUACGGAAAACAUGAGGGAGAGGGGGAGUGAAGGGGGAAGAGAGAAAGAGAGCUAUUGAGAUAAAAACAGCAACCAAAAUGGUAUCUCAUUCACAGUAUUUUGGGGCUUUACUGUUUUGAAUGUCAUUAUUUCUUGCUUUUGCUUUGAACACAGAAAAAAUUGUAAAAGUUCAUUAAGCUUUUCAGAACCCCUGCCUCCUUCCUUUCAGGCUACAAUAAUCAGUAAAUGAUGACUUUUCUAUAUUUAUGAAAAUGCAUCCUUCAAACAUAAAUUGGGUAAAAUAUUGAUUAUCAGAACUGCCACCCUAUUUAGUUGUUUUUUUGUUUUUUUUUUUAAGAUGAAAUUCAUAACCCACAGAGAUCAGCUCUCACUCCUAAUGGACAUACACACCCCUUGACUGAAUUACAGAUUUGUAAUUAUACUGCCACUGUCCAUCAUCCAAGAACGACAUGACACCGCAAUACCCAAUGGAUUAUUCUCACAGCCACUGGAUCUUUUUCAUCACAUCUUUCUUUUCCACACACUUUCCUCCACAAAGUUUUGAUUAGUAGAAAUGCAUUCAGAUUUCCCUGUGGACAAAAAGAAGGGAGGUGUCUGACAUUUUCAAGACAACUUCAGAUGGUACUGUUCAGCCCAUUGCUUUUCCAUUUCCCCUGGAGUCUUUACUAAGUCCAUUGCACAACAGUUAAUGUGGUUUUCACAAAGCAGUGAUCAGUAAUGUAAAUACCAUUUCUUCCCUCAAGACUUAUAAUGAAUUCUGUGUUUCUUACACUUGUUUCUUUCACAAUUUGUCAUGUCAAGGAUGUUAAAGAUGAUAUUUGGAAACCACGGAACAGUUAAACCAUAAACUGCUGUGUUUCUGUCUAUUAGUAAGAAAAGUUAGACUGCUGGGAUAUUUUGUUGGAAGGGUUGUAUUAACAGUCAUUUACAUAUAUAUAUUUGUAGCGCUAUGCCUGCUUCCUUCAUGUAUCUUAAAUUACUACCAGAUAAUGAAUGACCCUCUAUUAAACUCAUUUUUUGUAAUGCAUCUUCCUAAAAUAUAGGCAUUAGAAGACCUUGUUGCUCAGCCAAGGUAAUUUUGCCUGGUGCAAUAUUGUGUUCCUAGACAAAGGCAUUUGUAAAAGGCCAUACAUUUUAUUUUCUAAAUCAAUACUUCCUUUUGCUGCCUACUGAAAAAUCCUUUUUUAGUGCUUACGACACAUUUGAGAGUUAGGAUAGGAUUGUAAUAUUCAGUAACAGACUGAGACAAUAGCUAGCAUUCUUAAAGAUUAACUUUAUUUGCCCUGUCUUUUGCCUGCAAAUGUUAUCUACCUAAUGCUUUUCAGACAAAGUGUACCUUGUUAGUUUCCCUCCUUCAUAGUAUACAUAUAUUAAUGAGUAUGUAUUUUCAUUGACAACAGUGUAAGGCAAGUUAUUUCUCUCAUAGCAUUAUUCUACUGUUUAUUCAUGUGCAUAUUUUAAAUUUCCAAUGGCUUGUUGGAAAGUCUAAUUGAUUGUCACUGAUUACUAGCCAAAGCUUUGCUUUUGUUAAGACACCAUUACAUAAAAUUCUGAUCACUACGUGAAAGUUUAAUUCUGAUUAGUAUAUCUUAAGGAUAUUCUUUUAAAAUUCACAGCAAACUCUUUACCAGUGUAUCUCCACAAAAGCAGCGUUAAAAAUGUUAGAAAACAGUUUUUUCCAGUUGUCUUUAUUAUGAGAAAUAGAGACUUUCUUCAGUUAAACAAGAAGAUAUAUCGACCUUUCUAUUCUUCUUACUUUAAUUGAACUGAUAAAGCAUUAAAAUAUAGUAUCUAUGAUGAAUUAACUCUCCAAGCAGAGAGCACAAUAUCUCAGCUGAAAAAGAUUGGAUUAUGAGGAAAGUCUUACUGAUACAACACACAAAGUCAUAUGCAGACUGCCUAUUAUAGGUACCCAGCUGCAGCAACUACUGUGCCAUGCAAUGCCGAGAAAGCAAUGAGGAAGUCAAACUAUCUGCCACUCAGUGCCAUGAGAUUUUGACUGUCUAUGCUGUCAACGGAGAGAAAUGGGGAAACCCAUACUCUCCACCUGCUGUAGGUGCAUAUAUUUUUUCUCCUACUUCUCUCUGUUGACAGUACCAAGGUCUGGCAUAAUGGUAUAAUAAGCUGUGUGAAUGAUUCAUGAUUAUCUUCAGUUUAGAAACCAUUACAGACAUGUACAAUCCCCAAGCAGGAGGUUUGCACACUGCCCAUUAAUUCAAGUAUUAAGUAUAGCUGAUCAGAAGCAGUCAUUUUUGGUGAGGUAACUAUUCCCAUGGUUUUUGGAUAAGGACUCUGUAAUGUAACUUCCUUCAACCUAAAGUUUAAAAGUGUCACAGCAAUCUGGACAAUGUAAUUUCUGCUGUGUGAGGACUAUGCAAUGGAGGAUCAGAAAUGCCUUCCCUCGCCUCUCUGGUCCUCCUUCCAAUGAACCUAGUGAAAGUUUGCUAUUGGCUCCAGUUCGAGGAGAAGCAUAUCUAACAAGUUUGAUACUAACCAUUUAAAUUUACGCUUAUAUCUUUGGUGUCUCUCUCUUAAAAAGCACCUGAUGACACACACUAUUCUUUCAUAAUUGCAACAGCAAUGAAGCAUGGGGCAAUCUUUUACACUGUUGCUUAAUAUUUAGUACUGUAUGUAUAAAUACUUGACACCUCAGUGAAGACUUUGACAUGCCUUAUUCAUUCUAGUUAUUUUGGUUUUGUUAGAUUGCUUUACCAUAUAAAGAAUAAACUAUAACUGCUCUGACUUAAAAUUGUCCAAUUCAUUUUUACACAAGAUGUGUUAAACAUAUCUAUCCAUCCUCAUCAGUUCUUCACAUUCUCAUCACCAUUCACUCAUACCAUGAAGGCAAUGUAUAUUGGUGGUUUGAAAACAGGGAUUUGAUAUUCUCUGAUGGACUACAAUAAAUAUCUGACAUAACUACA